ACUCACCCACCACUCACCCACCACCAAACAAACCACCAAGAAAAUAUCCUGCUGCCAUCAAAUCCCCGACCCUUUCCUUCAUUCUCUCCUCGCCUCGAUUGGCAAGCUAACCUUCACCCUCGCAACAAUCCAAACAACUAUUCACUCCCACUGCAUCCCUCAUUUCCAGUCCGAGUCCCACCAGCCGAUCGCCGCCGCUCCCUUGACGAAUCGCUCACGCAAUCCAACAAACCCAACCGCAACCACACAUUUGUUGUAGCAUGAUAGCAGUCCGACGACGCCCUCACCGCGCCGCGCCUCCCUCGACUCCCCUUGCCGCUGCGAGAGACCCUGCCCAGCAUGCCUCUCACGACGUCAUCCAGCGCUGCAAAUGCCACGACGAACGGCGCUCUCAACGAGAAUGUUGAUCCCGCCCUGAACCCAAAGCCUGCGACGGCCUUCCCCCCGCCCAAGACCGACAAGCCCCGGCCACACAUCUGCGCGACCUGCACGCGCUCGUUUGCGCGGCUCGAGCAUCUCAAGCGCCACGAGCGCUCCCACACCAAGGAGAAGCCGUUCGAGUGCUCCGAGUGCACGCGCUGCUUCGCGCGGCGGGACCUGCUCCUGCGCCACCAGCAGAAGCUGCAUAUGACCACCACGCCGUCGUCGCGGCCGCGGAACCGCCGCGAGAGCGCCAGCAGCACGGCCACGUCCGCCAAGAUACGGAAGGGCUCGGUGGCCAAGGGUCAUGGGCCGAUGAGGCCGCGCGCGAACACCAUCAGCCAUGUCGAUAAUGCGGCGAUACACCUGAUCGCGCCGAAUUCCGCCAACCCGAGGAAUAUCGUGCAAGGGACGCAUAGCCGGCAUGGCAGCCUGAUGGGGCUCUCGGCGCACGAUGGCUAUCAUUUGGCGGGGAUGUCGGCGGCGCUGGGGCAGCGGGGCAUGUCUCACAGUGUGCUGCCGAAGCUGGAUAUGGACGGGGUGAACGUGGCGGCUAUGGGCGGGGGGUUACGGACGGCGCCUGUGGACCCACGGAUCCUGGCCGAGUUCGACUGGGAUAUGUUCAACCGGGAGGGCAGCACCGUCAACCCCAACGCGUUACACUACAGCGAUUCCCCGCAGUCCAUGGCCAUCGACUCGGCGUCGGCGUACCAGCACGCAUUCCCGGAUGUGACCGGGGGCCAGCCAAUGGAGGAGGACUUUGGCUGGAUGAACGGCUUCGAGCACCAGCUGGACUUUACGGCAAACGAGAAUGCCAUUGACGGCUCGUCGCCCUCGGCAAUCAGCACGGCGAGCCAGAGCGGCAUCAGCGAGGUGAUGCUGGACGGCUCGAACCAGCCCGUGAACCCGGGGUCCAUGUGGCAGCAGAGCAUGAUGGCUCCGGCGCUGAUGGGCCCCGGGAGUUUCGGCUUCGACCUGUCCCUAAACGGCUUCCCGGAUUUCCUCCACAGCGGCGCCCCGAUCUCGCCACACAACCUCUCCCAAAAGCAGGCGUCGGAUACAUACUUCUCCACCCCCCCACCAUCGAUGAGCUCGCUGAGCCCGUCCAUGAUGCCCGGCCUCACCAACACCAAUGGAAUCCACCACACGAUGAACUUCGGCCCCGAGACGCCCUCCUCCGUGAACGGAGUCAACCCGUGUUCACCCGCAGCCACCAUCACCGAGGCCACGCGCCAGGUCCUCGUGGUGGCGCUGAGCCAGAUCACAUCGUUUGGCGGCCGCAAGAACUCGUUCCAGUUCAGCGCACCGGCGCACCUCCGCGGUCAGCCGAACGAGAACGCGCGCAGCCUGCCGAGCACGGCCGACCUGCAGCGAUAUGUCGGCGCGUAUGUCACGUAUUUCCAGCCGCACCUGCCGUUCCUGCAUCUGCCGACGCUGUCGUUUGAUGUUCCGGCGUCGCAGAUCAACUCGGCGAGGCAGUCGGGGAUGGUUGGCGGAAGGGGAUGUCUGAUGCUCUCCAUGGCGGCGAUCGGGGCAUUAUACGAGAUGGACCACGCCGUGUCGAGGGAGAUAUUCGAGCUGGCCAAGAAGAUGAUCCAGCUUUACCUGGAGGAGCGCAGGAAGGCGGACGUACGAAAGGCCGAUAUGCGAAAGGCAGGAGUUGCGGACUCGGGCCACGCCACGUCGGAGAAGUCGGUGCAUACGCCCGUGUGGCUUGUGCAGGCUAUGCUGCUCAAUGUCAUCUAUGGCCACAACUGCGGCGACAAGACGGCGGGAGAUAUCGCCGCGACGCACUGCGCUGCGCUCGUGAGCCUGUCCCGCGCCGCGGGUCUCCUGAGGCCGCCGAAUGGGACGCAGCCCGACGACCUGACAUCCUCGGACGAUACCCCGAUGGCGGAUAUGUGGUUGAACGGGGGCGUGCAGGAUAUAUCUGACGAGCAGCGGGAGUGGAUAAGCUGGCGGAUCACCGAAGAGCGGAAGCGGACUCUCUUCACCGUGUUCGCCCUGUCGAGCCUCCUCGUGUCGGCCUUCAACCACACCCCCGCCCUCACGAACUCGGAGAUCCUCCUCGAGCUUCCCUGCGAAGAGGACUUCUGGGCCUGCGACAGCGCAGCGAGCUUCAACGCCAAAGGCGGCGUCAAGGCGGCCAGCCAGAACCUGAUGCUCUUCCACGACGCACUCGGCGAACUCCUCCGCACCAGCGAGAAACAGCACAUGCACAAUGGGUACUCGAACGGCGGCGCGCCCUCGGCGACCCUCAAGCCCAGCACCUUUGGCUGCUUCGUCCUCAUCAACGCGCUGCACAACUACAUCUGGGAGACGCGGCAGCGCCACCACAACAAGCUCUGGACGAACGAGGAGACGGAGACGAUGCACCGCCACAUCGAGCCCGCGCUCAAGGCGUGGCAGGAAGCAUGGGCUAGCAACGCGAGUCAUAGCCUCGAGCGGCCCAAUCCCUUCGGCUUCAGCGCCUUCUCCGCGGACUCGAUCCCCCUUUUGGAUUUGGCGUACGUGCGGCUGUUCGUUAAUCUGUCCCGCUCCAAGGAGAAGUUCUGGCAGCGCGAUUAUGAGGGGAUGGCGGAGGAGAUCUCGACGGGGUCGGAGAUCGUGCAGCAUGCUGAGCACUCCCCAGGGCCUCAUGGGGAGGCCUCUUCGGGCGCGUCGGAGCAUGCGUCGGAGGCGACGGGGAGUAGUGCGCACUCGCAUUUUGGGGAUACGCCGCCGUCGUCGGGGGGGUCGCCGGGGUUUGCGAAGGUGUUGGUGGCUGCUGGUGGGGGGGUGCAGCAGCAGCAGAUGGGUAGCAUGAGUGCGCCCCUGCAGCAACAGACGACGAUGGCGCCGGGGACGACGUCGAAGCGCGAACGGCACCUGAGGAAAGCGGCGUUUUAUGCCGCGGACUCGCUGUCGAUGUCUGAUAAGCUCGGCGUCACCUUCGCCGACUUCACCUCCCGCGAACUCCCCCUCCAAUCCGCCAUGUGCGCCUUCGACUGCGCGCAAGUCCUCGCCGAAUGGGUUGCCACCGUGCAAGAGCGGGUCGGUGCGUACCUCGGGAUCCUCGGCCGGGAUGAAGUGGACUACAGCCAGGUGCCCGGGAUCAUGUUGCUGGAGGAGGAGGAUAUCAAGCUGCUCAUCAAGAUCCAGGAGGUGCUGCAGAGCGCCGAGAUGAAGAUGAGUUAUGAGGCUGGGAUGGUGGGGUUGCAGGGCUUGGCGGUGCAGCAGAGGAGUUUGGCGGAGGAGCCCGGGGGGUUUGGGGCGAGGAUCUUGAGGAUCACGAGUUUUAUGCUUGAUAACGCUGCGGUGUGGCCGAUGACGCAUCUCAUGGCGCGCAGUCUCGAGACGCAGGCGAGUCAUAUGAGGGCGCGGGCGGAGGCGUCAGUGAUGCAGAGGGUGUAGAGUGUUUGACGCUCGACGGCGCUGUAGGCGGACCGUCGGAUGCGAACUUUCGAAACACUCGAACCUGGAGAACUGGACGCCUUUUAAUGUGCGGACGGAACCUGCUGCUACUGUGUCGAAGAUACAUGUCGAUGAUGAUGUCGACGCGGCUAAAUCAACCAAAAAAAUGGGAUGCAGAUGCGGACAAGAAGGAUAAAUAACGCGUGCGUGCCUACCGACCCCGAUGAUGGGGCAAAAAGGGGCCAAGAAGAGAUAAGAGAGAAAGACGAUGUUUUGUUUCUUAUUUUUUCUUUAUUUAAAAAACGAACAAAAAGGGAUGAUAUGGACGGUAUGGAUGGGAUGGGAGAGAGAAAGUGGGGGAAGCGUAUAUAUACCUUGGAAUUUUUUGGGCAGGGCGGGGGAAGGGGGGGUUUAUUAUUUGACAUAUAACGACGUGAUAAGACGCAGCGCCUGAGAUUUUUUUUGAGAGAUGG